UUGUCUAUCCAAGAUGGCGCCGACCCUUGUGGAGCAUGUUGUGGCAGACGCAGGAGCGUUUUUAAAGAAAGCUCCUCUGCAGGAGAUCGGCAGGAACAUCUACACCCUGAGAGAUGUGGUGGACGAGAUCAGAGACAAGCCCACCAGGAGGAGCCUGGCCUUCCUGCCGUACCAGCUCACCUUUAAAGAGCCACAUCCCGAACACAUCAGACACGUGACAGAGUUCUCCAAGAAGACCGGAGACUACCCGAGUCUUUCAGCCACCGAUAUCAAAGUCCUGGCUCUGACCUACCAGCUGCAGCUGGAGCACGUCGGCUCCCAACACCUGAGGAAGGAGCCUGAGGUCAAGGUGAACAUUCACUGCACACAGCGCCACCCGGAGACUCCUGUUAACGUCGCAGGAUUUCACUUUCCCUCUAAGAAACCUGUGAGCAGUUCGAGCAGCAGACAGAGUCAAACAGAGACAGAAACUUCAAACAUGACUGACAGUGAAGAGUUCAACAGCUUCCAGUUCUGGAGAGAGCCGCUGCCGACCAUCGACGACAGCCUGCUGGAGUUACUGGAUCCAGUGGAGGUUUCGAAUUUGAAUAAGUCACAGAAACAGACGUCACCUGCGACGACCAACAGCGAAGAGUUCAACAGCUUCCAGUUCUGGAGGGAACCGCUGCCGACCAUCGACGACAGCCUGCUGGAGUUACUGAAAGUGGACGGUCUCUCAGUGUCAGACAGCAGGUUGGACACAUCACAACAGACAGGGGACCAAUCAGAGGACGAGGACAAAGAGAACGCGCCUGAAGAGGAUGAUGAAGAUGAUGAUGAUGAUGGAGGAGGUUGGAUCACUCCCAGUAACAUCAGACAGGUGAAGAUGGAGUCGGCUGAUUGGACGGCUCCUGCUGAUGUCAGAGUUGGAUGUUUGACCACCGACUUCGCCAUGCAGAACGUUCUGAUUCAGAUCGGACUUCAUGUUCUGUCUGUUAAUGGGAUGGUGAUCAAACAGGCGAGGAACCACAUCCUCAGGUGUCACGCCUGCUUCAGGACGACCACUAACAUGGACAGAGUGUUCUGUCCUCACUGUGGAAACCAAACUCUGAAGAAGCUGGCGGUGACGGUCAGCGAGGACGGCAACAUGCAGAUGCAUUUCUCCAAAAACCCCAAAGUGUUGAACCCGAGAGGACUGAGGCACUCACUGCCUCUGCCUCAGGGAGGGAAACAUGGCAACAACCCCCAUCUGGUGGAGGACCAGCGCUUCCCCCAGCAGAGGCUGUCCCGAAAGGCUCGUCAGAAGACCGAUGUCUUCAACCCGGACUACGUGGCCGGGACCUCGCCUUUCAGCGAGAACGACAUCUACAGCCGAGCGGCCAACCUGCAGAUCAGAGACGGCCAGUGUGGAGGCGGCAGGAGACGAGCCAACCCCAACGCCGCCCGCAAGAAGUUUGUCAAAAAGAAGUGAAGCACUGAUGAACACUUGGACUCAUGAAGACACGGCGUCAUCAGACCUGACCUCACAUUCGUCAGUAGCUUCACUGAUUUCCUUCCUUCCAGCUGCUGCUCUCAGUCUGAAGAUGAGUUUAACACUUCCUGCUUUCAGCUGAACGAACAGCACAAAGAUGGUGUGUGUGACAGUGACGCUCUGCAGCAGGUGGAUGCUGUUAGAGACGUGAGCGGAGCAGAGGCUCUGAAAGGAAGGAAAUCUGAAAACUGACGGUGAGUUGGAAACAUGAUGUGUGAUUUCAGCUGAGAGCAUGCACAGGCUGCGGUGUGGUCCUUUAUGAAACCAGCAUUUCUCCCUCUGUACAGACACACACAGGCACACACACACACGCACACACACACACGCUCUGUUAAACCCCCCGAUAUGUUGAGACUGACGUAUCAAUAUAAUGUCUCUAUAUUAAUAAUCAAUAAAUUCAGAGACUGACUUCAGCUGUUGGAGAAUCACACGUGCACAGAAUCUGUUUGAC